ACGACCGCAACAGUGGCAACUUUGCGGCCGCAGUUAUGGCUGUGUCUGUGUGUGUGGCUUCCAGUGACUCUCAGCGGGCCAGGUUCCUGCAGAACAUAGACUCUCCUGGAAAGGGAACGGUGAUUUCCAGUGCAGUUGGAAACCCACAAAAUCAGUACUUUGAAUUAGACAAUGAAGUUACCCCAAUAUUUUGCCGCAAUUAUAUCGCCGUGACUGAGAAACACAGCUUGACUGAUUCUGAUCAAACUAAAGACAAUCGAAAGAUGUCUCUUGGAGUGAGUUCUUACGAGGACAUCCAAGAUUCAAAUGCGCACUCGAAAGAGUUCGGCCAACAUGUUUUAAACUCAAUGCCGGAAUCUCCUAACAUGCAUGAUGAUACUAAAUCUGGACUCUUCGAUAAUAUAAAUUUUAAAGAUAGUCUGCCCGCAACGAGUCAAUAUUUUUUUGCAACGGUUCCCCCUUAUGCUGUAGAAUCUUCGUUUUACAGCAGCCAAAAUUCAGCCCAGUCACUAGAAAGUCCAGGACUACCAUCAAUGUACAGCCCAAGCACAAGAUCUUCGCUUAGUCCGUGUUUGUCUGAUUGCUCGACGUCUCCUCCUCCUCUAGGCGCGACUUCUUGGAGUUAUGGUGCUUCAGAAGAAACCCAUCCGGCACUAAUAGACCCAAUCUACACCGCUGAUAAGCGCCUACUUAAACAAAAACAAUAUAACUUACAAUUUAUUGCUGAAACAGAAACGAACAAAGUUGCCAAUAAGUUAAAAAUUUACAGCACCGGCCCAUUUUGCUCCUCAUUGUCUUCACCUGCAACCUUUAAGAGGCAAGGAGGCAACCUCACCAGCCGCGAGGUAUUGAAGAAACGUCGUUUGGCCGCCAACGCGCGCGAAAGAAGGAGAAUGACUGGCCUCAACGAAGCCUUUGACAGACUGAGGGAAGUGGUGCCGGCCCUCACUGGAGACCAGAAGCUGUCCAAGUUUGAGACUCUUCAGAUGGCACAGACGUACAUCAACGCUCUUUUGGAUCUGCUGCACUAGAAGUGAAGGCGUUACUCUGCUGGGGCACCUGCGCACUGAUACUCAAAUUAUCUAGUCAAAGCUUCGUGAAAAUACAGAAAUGCUGCGCUGUGGAUAUGGCCUUCGAUGUCGGAGAAACGGAGAUUGACUUGUUUCAUCCGUAAUGACUAUUCGAACUUUCUAUCAACAAAAGUAUGGGAGUUUUGAAGUAUGGAAAUUGCACGGUUGCUCGAGACAGCCUGAGAGAAUUGUAAAUCAAUGUAUAAGAUCGACGAAUAGCUUGGCUUUUUGGAUAAAUUCAUGUCUCAUGCCGGUUUAUAAUCUCAGUAGCUGAAUGCGAGGCAUAUUUUCAUCAAAAUGAUCAAUGAUCGAGCACCAGAGUUUGUAUUGUGUAUGGUAAGACUCACAUUUCCGUGACCAGAUAAAAGACUGUACUGUGGUAUUAUAUUAAUUAAUAAGAAUAUGCGAUUAGCAGGACGAUUAACGAUAACCAAUGUCAACAAGGAAUAAUCUUGAACUAAGUUCUGGUCGAUGCCGUGGCAUUACCUUAUCUUUAGCUGGUUCGAAAGAAACAGCUAAAGUUACAUGUGUGGCAUCACACAGUUACAUGUGUGGCAUCAUGCACACAUGUAACUUUUGCCGAAAAUAAUGUCAUCAGUGAAUACAAAAUGGGGAACAGUCCGUUGUUUCAAACGGGCAUCUGUGAUUGGCAUCGUAACUCGCAAGCUAUCGCAAUGUAAAGAUAGAGAUAUGAAUUUUAUAAUCGCAUGAUUUAUUGCAUCACACUCGUCACACGCCGGUAAGAUUUUACCAUCACCAUCGUGAGGCAGACACUUCCUGCGGAUCAUGAAGAAAAGAUUUUUUUGGGUUUUCCAUAAUUUAUUUUGUGCUGCAUUCAAAGCUGCUGCCAGUACAAGGUUCCAUGAUGGUGAUAACUUUGGAAGAAACUGUAAGAACAAAAAUUUUAAUUUUUAUGUUAUGAAAAGGUCCAGUUUUUUAAUUAAUCGGAAAAUUUUUCUGCUAUCAUUUAUUAUCUUAUGCUUGGGAGUCGAAGUAAAACCAUUUAUUUUACUGCUUAAGAGGACCAAUCGAACCAAACGUUGUAAUUCCUGAAGUGAAAAUAU